CCCCUGCCUCGUUCAUUCCUUGGAGGCUUUGUGUUUAUCUCUCGAGGAACCCAUUCUGAUCGAUUCGAGCCUUGGGAGGCGGCGCCAGCGAGGAAAAGGGGCAUCUCCAGCAUCGAGAGGCUGAGCGAGAGAGCAAGCAAGAGGGGGAGAGAGAGAGAGACUAGAGCCGCUUCACGACUUCGAUACCCACGACCUAGGCCGGUCUUGAUGUUCUCCCGUUACCUCUAAUUUGUCUGCCGUCAUCAACCCCCCGAAUCUUCAAAAUGCCCGUUCAACGCAGGAUCUUCGGUCGUCCAAUCCCCGCUAUGUCUCCACGACGAAUGGCAGUCCUACUUGGCACAAUUGCCAUCUUUGCAGUCCUAACUCUGGUCUUCACCCUGCCAAGCUCAAUACCAGCGGGCCCCUCGUUGGGCAAAUUCACAGACCAUAAGAUUUCGCUCCCGAAGCUGAAGCAUAUCCCGUCCCCAAGCAUUCUCAAUCCUUUUCGGCAAGCAGCGCAUGCACCACCGGUACAGAAGAAUAGCACGAACGGGGAAUCAUCGUGGUACAGCAAUUGGAACUGGCUGAGUCCCUUUUCGUCGUCUGUCACGCUGGAUGAAAAUCGAUCGCUGCUCCCACCUCUGCCUGAUCGGCCCCCAAUCUAUACAUAUUACGAUCACACCAUAGAGAAGGAACAAGAGCUCAAGGAUGCGGAGAAUGCGGUUCUUCUUACAUGGAGGAAGGCCUGGUGGGCACAAGGCUUCAAGCCGAUCAUUUUGAGCCCGGCCGAGGCUAUGAAUAACCCUUUAUACACCGAACUUCAGAUGAAGCAGCUCGAGGCUCCCAUGAUGACUGAAAUGUCGAAAUGGUUGGCUUGGGAGAAUAUGGGAACAGGGAUGUUGUGUCAUUAUUUGACUCUACCUAUGGGGUCUAAUGAGGAUCCAUUGCUGACCUUUCUGCGGCAUGGCGAAUAUCCCAUGUUGACUCGAUUUGACAACCUGGGGAGUGGACUCUUCGCAGGAUCAAAAGCUGAUAUAACAGCUGCCGUGAAGAAAGCUUUGGCGAAUCCGGAGUUGAAGGCGGCGAAGGACUUUAUCAGCGCAGUUCCCCCAGAGACCUUCGAGAUCGACCCCAAACACGAUGCCUUGGCUUAUUACAACGAUGAAACCGUGGCCGACAAAUACCCCAAAAUUGCAGGGGAUAUAGUUGGAAAUGGAGCAAAAGGACUGCUCGUUCUGAACCAGCUCAUGAUCUCUCAUCUACACGGCACGUGGCAGAACAUCUUCAACAGAGGCAUUGCUGUCGUCAAGCCGCAUCCUGACCAUAUGUCAUAUGCGGUUCAUCCGGCUCGGAGACUAGCCGAGUUCCUCGCGCAGUGCCCUGAAUCCCCAAUGCCAUCUUCAUGUCCCCCGAACAGGCCAAAGUGCAAGCCUUGCGUCGCAUCUACGCCGCUCAAGAUCUCAACACCGCCAGCGUAUCGCAACACAUCAGACCUGUAUACCAUUGGCACCGUCCCACACCCAUAUACAAUGGCUGUCCUGACCGCGUUCAGAGACGACAUCAGCAUCCCGUGGAUUCGCCGAGAAUCACCACGGGAUCCCUGGGUCACCGCUCUGACCAAAGAGCUCCUGGGCACCGGUGUAUCUGGCGCGCCUCGUGUAAUCAAAUUCAAAGAAGCCGUCGCCAGCCAGUACGGCACUGCUCACUCUCUAUGGAUUACUGCUGAGGGGGACAUGCCUGAUGACCUAGAUUGGCAUUUUGGAUUCGCCAUCCCGCGCAACGCUACCGACAACGGAAGAUCCGAAACUCCCGUCCCUGGCCCAGAGCGGCGACCGCCUGUCGAACAUGAUUUCAAAGAUGGACCGGUCCCAACUGAGGCUGAGCUGGAGAAGGAGAAGGCGUUAUUGAAGAGAGCGAAAGAAUUCGGGGAGGCGCGGACGGCGGACGAGGAAAAGAUCCGGGGUGCUAUCGAGGCGUGGAAUCUGGCAGAUACCGAGGCGUGGAAAUUCGCGAGAGCAUUCCUGGCACGGAGCAGCGUGGAGAGAAAGAAGUGGGAGGAGGAGGAGAAGAAGUACGCCGGAGGAGCAGGAGCGGAGAGGGGCAAGAGUGAAGGAUGGGGAAGAUGGUUUGACGAUUAGAUGCCAACUCGCAAGCCUUGCCUUUCAUAUGUCAAUGAAUAAUAAAUAUCACGAUACAACUGGUCGGGGCGUUCUGGAGCUGCUGUAUGAGGUAAAGAAGUGUAAUACUAGCUAAGAUAGACAAAGAACACGGAACGUACACGAAAUUCGAACUGGAGAGAGAGAGGGAUGUUGAGAUGCCCGUCUCAGUCCGCAGGGAGUUGAAGACCCGGUG